AUGGAAGAGGAUAGCGGGCGAAAUUUGGUAAAGUAUAGCUAAAUAUUUGUAUGUAAACACAUAGCAAAUGGCUGUAAAGAAUUUUAAUAUAUUUGUAUGUUCAUAGUUUGUAGCUGUUAUAUUAUAAUUAUGUCGUAUUCAUUUUGUGCUUUGAUACAGAGAGCUUAUACGCGAAGGAAUUACGACGAUAAUUUGGAUGAUGAGAUUGAAGGGAAAAGGACUUUUAACGUGCUGGAUAAGCUUGCAGACCCAAAAUUUCGACAAGGGAAUUUCGUCCAAAAGUUAGCCAAUGGCAAUGGUUAGUAUUGUUGUAUUCAACCAAACCAUGGUCAUUAUUCGCUGGUGAAGUUGUUGUGUAAUAUAGAUUUUGGAAUAAUAUUUUUUUCUUUAAUACAUAGAUGUUAAUUUGAAAUAUAUACAAGAACACGGCUUUGACUCGCCUUUUUUGUUUGAAUCCAGUGAAGGCUUAGGAAUGAGGUAAUUUGCCUUCUAAAUAUUGCAUGCAUUUCAAAUAAUUUCCUACUGGGGAGAAGGUUUUAUGGUUUGAUAAAUUAUCAGUAUAUUUGUUUUACUUUAGAAUGCCCUCGUCUGAAUUUACAGUAGACGACGUAAAGAACUAUGUCGGUAGGUUCACAAUAAAAAGGCGCUUUUCAAUGGGCCAGUGAAAAAUUCAACUGCGUUUCAGUCUUGCUAAAAUCUUCUUCCCGACAAUGAAAUAGCAAGGCGAAAGCCACAAUACUUCGCCUUCUUAACAAAUCUGCCGUAUAUUCUGCCUUAAAUGUGGUUUAAAAUGAUUUUGCAAGGCUAAAAACGACCAAAUUAAACCUUCAAAUUCACUGUAAAAGCUGAUUCUGACCAGUCGACCAGUCGGCCUUUGCAGACUGUGCUGUAUCAGUUUUGAACUGAUCAACGUUUCGAAUAUGCUCUUGACGAUUUCACUGUCUUUUAUCAAGUAAUCAUGGCUGUUUAUUAUAAAAAUACAUUCAAAAUCAUAAUAGAAUGAUUUAUAGGCAAUAAAAAUAUCAUUUUGCGUGCUAAAAGUUGAAGACAGCAGUUCAAAACGCGCGUGCGAUAUUGCACAUAUUGUUUUAUCAUGCAUUAAAAUGGCUACAGGGAAGCGCAAUUGCAAGCGAUAUUUCACCAUUUAACACUGCAAAAUUCAUUUAACUUUCUCCUAAACAAAUGCCUUUAAUGACAACCUUUAGUAUAUGUUUUAGUUAUUUGUGCAUGUAUAAUAGCAUUUGCGAGUUCCCUUGGCAUGGCCGGGGACUAAACUUCAUUCUUCAAAUUAAUUAACUCGUCCCCUUCGUUCGCAUAGACAUGCAGCUAUAUUAAACAUUUCGUUGGUAAAAUUCCUUAUUUAGCCCCCAUUUUUUCAAUUAAAAGCAAGGUUAUUGUGUCUUUCUUUUAAAUUCAGGCGAUUUUAAGUCGAGCGCCUUGUGGUCUUUAUAAGUCCAAAAGGGACUGCAAAUUAACCUCCUCCGAAACAGCUAAAUUUCAAUCCUAAAUUUCUCUAUUUUGGCAUUGUGCCUCAAAAUUAGGCAAGUUCAGUGUGUCUUUCUUUUAAAUUUGGCUAUUUCUGGGCUCGCUUGCAACUCAAAUACGGUUUUAAACGAAUGCCAGUUGCUUUGGGCUUCGAAAGCAUGUCCAUGCAUGGACAAGCCAGCCACAAAUUAAUUUCCCUCACCCCCUUCGUACGAAACAGAAACUUUCAUUCCUCAAUUCGCUAUUCGGCGUGCCCCAAUUCCCAAGCUUUUUUAGUAGCUAUGUCUUUAUUUUAAAUUUGUUAAUAUUGAACAACAAAACUACGUGUGACCCUUAAAACCACAAUGGGCACAUGGAAGGCACAAAUGAAAUUCUUAAUUAAUAUAUUCCUCGAUUCCUCUUCGAAACGGCUAAAUUUCUAUUUCAUUUUCCCUAUGUUGACCCCUAUUCCUCGAUAAAAAGUACGCUUAGUAUGUGUUGCUUUUAAAUAUGACCAUUCUUUGACUUAAAUUCGACUACAACAUAUAAUAAAUGUAGGAGCAAGCCAGCCGAAUUUGACAAGGCAUGCAUGCACAAAUGAGAUUACCCUCUCAUGGAAAUUUAUAGUUAUGCCCUUCCCUUCGUUCAAAACAUCGAAAUUUCACAUCUCAGUUUCGCUAUUUUGGCCUCCUUUCCCAUUAAAAAGCUACUUUAGUAUGUCUUUCUUUUAAAUUUUGCCAUUUCAUGGCUUAAAUUCAAGUAAAAUGUGUUUUAAAUACAAGACUGGCAGGACAAUUUUACUGCUUAUUGAAAAUUAUACAAAUUACAUUACUAUUUCUCUGCGUAGGAAACUGCUAAAUUUCAAUCAUAUUUCCCACUAUUCUGGCCGUAUAGCUGACUAAAAAGCAAGUUUAGCACGUGUUUCUUAUGAAUAUGGCCACUUCUAGGCUUAAAUUUUACCAAAACAUUUUAUAAAUCUAGGUUCAAGACGAGUUGUCGAUGUUAUUGAUGUCAACACACAACAACAAAUUGAAAUGUCAAUGAUGCACUUCGCAAAGUAUUACAUGAACACAGAACGGCAGAAAAUAUACAAUGUCAUAAGCCUUGAAUUUAGUCAUACUAGACUGGAGAACCAUGUAGAAACCCCUUUACUGGUAAGUACUGGGCUUUUUGCAAAUUUU